AUGACAGACGUGCCGACAACGUCGAAUGACUCAACACCAACCCCAAAAAAGCAAAGAAUUUCAAAUGAUGAUUUAUAUAGAAAUUCAACACAAUUUGAAUUAUGGUCUUUCACACAAGAAGAAUUAUUAAAUGCUAAAAAGAAAGUUCAUGAAAAAGGUUUAGCAACAGCACUGGAAAAUUUUGAUAUAGCAUAUAAAAAAGCAAAAAAUGAAAAUCCUGAAAUAUUUGCAAAAUAUCCUCAAGAAUUUAUAAAAGAAGAAAUAAUAAGUACAUUAACACAAGAAGAAGAAGCUAUAUAUUUAGAUUUUUAUGUGAAAAACACUACAGCAACAUGUAAUCAUUUUAAAAUGCCAACACAAGUUAGACUUACAGCUGCUUCAUUUUUCAAAAAAUUUUAUCUUGUUAAUUCAGUAAUGCAAUAUCAUCCAAAAAAUAUAUUAUAUACUUGUAUUUUUCUAGCAGCAAAAUCAGAAAAUUAUUUUAUAUCAAUUGAAAAAUUUGUUAAUUCAUUACAAAAUUUAAAAAUUAAAGAUAUUUUAGAUUUAGAAUUUAUUGUUUUAAAAUCUUUAAAAUUUACUUUAUUAGUUCAUCAUCCAAUACGACCUUUAUAUGGAUUUUUUUUAGAUUUUCAAGCUGAAUUAUUACAUCCUUCACCUAUAAUGUAUGAUGUUUCAGUUGAUACUAUUGGGAAUUUAUAUAAUAAAGCUAAAGAAUGGUUGAAUCAAUAUUAUAUGCUUAGUGAUACUGCUUUUUUAUAUACUCCACCACAAAUAGCUUUAGCUGCUAUGUAUGAUGUUGAUAAAAGAAUUACAGAUAAAUAUUUGAAAAGAAAAUUUUUAAAAGAAGUACCGAAAGAAGAAGGGAAAGAUGAAGAUAUAAUGGAAGUAGAUCAAGAUGGUAAAGAAGUAAUUGAAGUAAAAGAGAUCAACGGAGUCAAAGAAGAAGAAAAGAAAAAUGCAAAUACAAAUAGAACUCAAUAUGAAACAUUAGUAAAAUUACUACGAAAAUGUGCUAAAAUUGCUAAAGAUUUACCUGAAACUGAUAGGGAAAGAAGCAAAGAUAUAGACAAGAAAUGUUAUUUUGCAUUACAUCCUGCUAAACUUAUAAAUAAAAAGAUCAAAAAAUUAACGAAUGAACAAGGUUCAGCUGCUCCGAACUAG